AUGCCAACGGGCAGCGCCCCGAAUACCUCUGCACAGGCGACUGAGGAGGAUGGCGACGAGGAGUCGAAGCAGUCGCUCCUCUCCUUGGGCACGCAGCGGGGCUCCGGCAACUCCGGCAGCGAAUUCGUUGCCUUCGAGACGCCUCGAUUGGAAACGGGUCUUGUUAAAUCAGCAUGCGACGAGCCGUGCGGUGGGGGCAAGCGUGUGGUGCUCAUCCCUUCGGACAAGAAGGUAUCCUUCGGAGAGGAGGAUCGGAGUUGCUCCUACACUUUCCAGGAAGACUGCAACUUGUUUGCCUGCACCCCGCUGAUGCUUCAGCCGGCGAAUGCAUGGCAGUACCCUCUGGUUGGCGAGUGGUUCAUGGUCGACGUCAGCUUCGUCAUUGAGGAGCUGUCGGAGUCCUUCACCUUCCGCGCGCCUCCGGAUUUCCUGCUGGCCGCAACAGGAAGUCGCAGCGAGUGCUUCCUGGUCGAGCACAGCCUCCCCAACUUGGAAAGCUGCACCAUCUAUCCUGGGCAGGCCAGCGACCGCACAGGGCCAAUCAUGGUCUUCAACUUCAGCAAUCCGUUGGAGCCGCAAAAUUCCUUCACAUGGAAGCGGGACUGGUACUACUUCCGGACGUGGGUCCAGCACCCGAAGGAAUGCAGUGGUGGCGUAAAGAAUGGACGCUGCCUUGGACAAGUGGGAGAGCGCCAGUGGGUGCUGUCUGUCCGAGACAACCAGCCCGAGCCCCUCUGGGAGCUCGUCAGAGGCUCAUACGAGAUCUUUACCAACGAGUCUUAUGCCAAAGAGGCAUUUGAGGCGAACGGCGCCCGCGGCACAGCGCUGGAUCUUGCUUGGCCUUUCCUGAAACGUUUGAAGUAUCUUCAGAAGGCCAUGCGAGAUGAGUUGGAAGAGCUGAAGCGAAAGUACAACAUGAAAGAGCCUGAAAGGGCCUUCAUGGACGAGGCGGGUGUCAAGUGGCGCUUCGGUGGACCCCCCAACUACACACUGGCCAACCUCCUGUUCCUGAAGGGGAAGACCAAGAACCAUCCAGAAGGGUCCUUGGAGAUGAUCGUGGAGAAUCUGGUGAAGACCUGGGAAAUGGAGAGGUCCCACAAGCUGGACCCCAACUCGCAUCGCUCUGUCGACCCGAAGCGCUUCCACAUUAGCGCCAAUGGCGGCAAAAAGUUCAACAACGAUGAGGCCAACAAGUGCGGCAACUACAACGUCCUCUUGCAGGGUUGUGACGCGGCUCUCUACGACACCGAGUGUAGCUGGGACAAAAGCCACGAGGUGUUUCACCACGCCUUUGCUGCCUUUCCGUGGGAGGUCUUGGAGUGCUUUUCACCGCCUCCCCGUGUUUCCUUUUCCUGGCGUCACUGGGGCAACUUCACUGGCACGUACGAGGGCCAUCAGGGCCACGGUGAGCUGAUCGAGAUGUAUGGCUUUGCCGUGGCGGAGGUUGAUGACAAGCUGCGCCUUAUCGAUGUGGACAUUUAUUACAAGGCUGACUCAUUCCUGAGCUUCGGUAUCGCCCUGUUCCAGCUCCCAUUCAGCACAAUGCUUCCAUUACUUGUUUUCUUUGCCACAGAGAUCAUGAUCUUUGCCUACCCAGAUGGUCGAGUGGACAUGAGAUGCAAAGUGGAGGAGUAUGAAGGAGGCGCCGUGUUGGAUGAGCUGCUCGCGGAAUUGCCAGGAUUUUACUUUUCGUUUGACUAUCUCAAGAUGCUAGCGUCUGCUUCCAAGACAAUGCUUCGCGCCGUGCGGGAUCGUCGACACUGGCAAGGCAAGCUUGUGACAAUGAACACUGAAGAAUUUCAACUUCCCAUGAAGCUGAGAUGGAUGAUGGAAGCUUACAUGUCUGCGCGUGUCGUCACCAUCAACGUUCGUCAGCUCACCAUGUUUACAGUUUUUCCUCGCAAUAUGCUCUUGGACUGGAGCGCGACAGCCAUGUUGGGCGGCCCUGGUCCUGCAGUUGUGCCAAAUAUGCCAGGGAACUUUGUCUUGCUUCAGUAUCGCCCAGUACCAUCUCUCGUCGACAACAACGCUUUCCCACAUGCUGUGGAUUACGUUUACAGCAGAGAGCAGAAAUUGCAGAACGGCAUGACCUUUACUGCGUCGUCCGAGAAGGAGGAAGGGAAGGACUUUUGCGGCACGUCAAGCAUUCGCAUUCCCAUCGAAGCUUGCGUGCAGGCGCCUCGGUUGCUGCUCGACUUGAUACCGCAGGAUUUUACGCAUCUGCCAGCUGCUCAGCCAGAUUGCAGCUUGCUGUCUCGCCUGCACGAACAUGAUCGGGACAAGCGAAUCAACUUCCUGUCAGAGACUCACGUCUACUAUGUGGACGGCGUCCCGAUGAGCAUUUCCGUGACUGGCUUAGUUCACAAAUUCGCUGAAAUUUUCGAUGCGGACGGUGCAAUCGCCAACAUGCAAAACAGUUCAAGAUGGCCGCGCCCUGAAUAUUCCAGCGUGCAGACAAACGGCAUGCUCCUGCCCAUGACUGCCGAGGAGAUCAAGCACAUGUGGCUUCAGAAUUCUCGAGAUGCAGCUCACCGCGGUACAUGGAUGCAUCUCCAAAUCGAGGUCCUUAUGAACGGCGGUUUCGGAGCUGGUCAUUGGCCUGAGCUGAAGUUGUUUGGUCAAUUCCUAAGAGAAUUCUCCCGUCCCUUGCUGGCAUUUCGCACCGAGUGGUGCAUUUUUGCAAAGGAGCACAGUUUGGCCGGUUGCAUCGACUUCGUGGCCAAAACAUCGAACAACAGCCUGGUCCUGUUCGAUUGGAAACGAACCAAAAACCUGCGCAUGAAAUACACCAACAAAUUUCGGAAUAUGCAUUCGCCUUUGAAUCAUAUUCCAGACUGCGCAGGUUGGCACUACCGCCUGCAGCUGAACACGUACAAAUACAUCCUAGAGCAUCACUAUGGCUAUGUUGUGUCUGCGAUGUACGUCGUUUGCCUUCAUCCUGACAACAUGGAGACAGGUCCAUUCCUUGACGAGGUUCCCAACAUGUCGCACGACGUGGCUGCUAUGCUAACGGCAAACGCAGGCGGUAAAGAUGUUCCUUGGCAGGAUGUGGCGGGCGGCGCAGAUCCCGAUGCGGGCGCUUCGCAGCCAUCCUUCAGCGCACGCCUGGCUGCAGAACAGGAAGAGAUGGAUGUGGCAGAGUCGCCAGCUGACAGAGCAACGCAGGAUAAUGAAGCUUUAGCACUGGCAUUGACUCAGAAUGGUUCGGAAGCUCAGAACGACCUAGCCUUGGCCAUACCAUCUGGCGACCUUCCUGAGGAAGCCAUUAGCACUGCGAAAAAAAGGCGCUUGAUGCCAGGUGCAACCAACUCUCACGCAGACUUCGAGGACUUAUUCGACUUGACGGCAACAGCAUGUUCCUUUUCCUUGUCUACAUGUCCUACUGUCGAGAACAACUUCCCGGUGGUGUCUGUAAAGGAGCAAGCGAGGAAACUCAUCGAGUAUAUUGUGUUAGGCAACCAACCUGGCCCGAAGACAUGGUGUUGGCCGGACAAGACAGCCUACAUGCUUGCGAAAGUCUUGGCACCGCUGCAGAAGGAUUUUCUUGAAGAACGACGGCUCCUUCACUUCCUCAUCCAAUGGUGUGACACACCCUCUCAGCGGCAGGCUGGGUGCGCCUACCAAGACAUCUCGGUGGUUUAUGACGUAAGUCCUACUGAACAUGUAAAGCUGGUCUUGCCAUCGCCAGAGAACAAUCUGUAUGUCAGAAUCUCCCAUCCUUUGCAGCCACACUUGCCGGAUCCUGUACUACGUGACGCCAAGCUUCGACUCGAAAAGUUUGUCAAGCAAACCUUUUGGUGCAAUCAGCAGUACUACAAGGCGACCCUGGCGGCAAUCGGGCUAGCGAAACAUGGUGAAAACAUCGAUCGCUGCUUUAUCGGCGAAUCUGCCGGCGGAACUGGCCAGUCUCUGUUCAGCAGCCACCUGGCUGCUGUAUACAGUCACAACCACGCAUUCAUCGACCCGAAUCUCUUCCAUAAUGAAGAAGAGAUGCGAAAGCAGCUCGAGCAGUUUGCUCACUGUUGGAUCAUCACCGCCCAGGAAGCCCCGGAAACCCACCGGCACUUCCAGCAGGACUUAUACAAGAAAUUCAUGUCGGCUGAUGAUCUUGCGGGUCGCAAACCGUACGGUUUCGUUACAAAGAUGAUGCGGGUUUGUGGAUUCAAGAGAUUCGAGACCAACAAAAUCAUGACUUUCCGAAACGUCAUGGAAACUAACUUCAACUCAAUUUACAGACGCUGCCUGGUGUGGAAGCCUCAGCCAAUCUUUGUGGAGAACACAUCCUUUGGAGAUGCUUACAAGGAUCCAGAUGUUGAUGGCAUCUUCGAGAAGGAUCCCACCCUGCGAAGUUUUCUCGAAAGCGGUCCGGCUAUUGCAGCUGCGUUACAACAGCAGCACGGCUUCGAAUCUCAUUACUCUCGACAGGACUGUUUUCAAUUGAUCGAAGACUACGCCUUAAGCGGCCUGACGGAGCGCAAAGUCAGAGAAGCUUGUGGCCUGCGUCCUCGGGAGGACCAGCACCACAAGCGCAUUUACUUGCCUAAGAGUCCAGAGCCGACCGCGGAGAAUCCGCACAGCAAUUUCGCCGCGAUGCUGAAGCGGACUGAGGAGGAGGCCGACCAGGCAGUGCAACACACCACGCCUGUUGAGAAAGCACAGGCGGCAACCGUGAAAUAUUUCUUGAAGACAGACAAGGCACAGGUGACAAAGACUUGGUGGACACGGUUUGCCAAAGCCAAGCUCGGAUAUAGCAAGGACAUGUUCGAGGAGUUGGUCAAGGAAAAUGUUUUUCUUCCAGUGGAUUCAAAAUCAGAACCAGAGAAUUUCAUUCCGACCAUACCAUGCACGAAGUCCUUGGAGGAUGUCCUCAUCGUCGGGUAUGAGUCUGAGGCAAUCGUGGUGCGGGAGCGUCUCAAUGCCAGGAAACUGUGGGACGCUGUGGAACGCAAUGCUGCUCGAACUGCAAAUGCCGAACUCCUCGUGCAUUUCUACUCUCACGUGAUAUCCAGGUUAGAGUCCGGAAGAGGCCGUAAAUCUCUGCAGCAUUUAGAGAAACUUGCUCUUUGGCGAAGCUUUCAUGACAAACUACGGAAACACGAAGACUGUGCUGGCGGACUGCUGGACUUACUGGAGAAGCAGCUUCCACAAACGACUGAGCAACCUCGCGAGCAGCCAUGUACAGCAAAAGCGAAAGAGACGCUUACUCGUCGAGCUAUAAGAAAGAAAUCUUCUGUCGCAGCACUUGAAGCAUCAUCUCCAGGCCAGAGCACGUCUUCAUCAAGUGGUGUACGACCUGCAAGUCCUUUUGAAGCAGGCGACGGCUUUGUCGAGCUUGAUGUCACUUAUAAGUACAAGUUGCCGUGUGUGCGUACUCGCAAAUACGGAGACUGUCAUUCUGUGCAGAAUUUGGGUACCGCGUGGCAGGCGGUCGCAUUGGCAGAUACGAUAGAUCUCGACAUUGAGAACUGCUCCUUCACGUUGCUCUUACAAAUCUUAACCAAAUUACAGCCGAAGCACGAGUGUUGGCCGGCAGUCAAGGAGACUUUGCGUCUUUGUGCCAAGGAGCGGAAGCAUGUUAUCGAGAAUACACUGAAGCUGCCUCUGUCGGAAGGAAAGCUGCUGCUGCAAAAGAUUUUGAAUGGCGGCUCGCCACCCCAGGAGCUUGCAGGCAACACCUUCGUGCAGGAGCUGCAGCAGGCAUCCUUGUUUUGCCGGUGGGUAGCGGCGACAGUGCUCAAGGACACAGCUUGGCCUUCCUUGGUACAAAUGAAAGAAAGGCCAGACGUUUCCGUCCUGACCUACUUCUGGAAUAUUGCUGAAGAUUUGGUUCUAGAUUCCUGGCUUGGCAAGGUGCAGCCACUGCAAAGCAAACACAUGUCAUUGCACUUUGAUGGCAUCAGAGUAGAUCGCGACAUCGCGCAGCCUGAUGUGAAAGCUUUCUGUAAAAGCUGCAGCGAUGCCAUUUUCGAGGAAACCGGCCUGGACGUCCAUAUUCGUGCUAAAGAACGAUACACCUUUCACGCUUUGUUGACGCAGGUGAACGACAGUAAAGCAGUUGCCGAGAAGUUGAUGCUCCACAUCUUUGCUCGACUUCCGUCAGGUAAUUUAAAGUCAGGCCACAAGGUUCUUCUUCAUCUUGCCACGGACGGCAACCCGCACAGUCUUGCUAUGGAGGUCCUGCCGGGGGAGCAAAUUUGUGUGACGGAUGUCAACGUCAGCUACGCUUUUCCUGUCCAACAUCUUGCACACAUGCUGUCGGAAGCAACCGAUCGUAAGUACAUUCUCUUUUUCUUCUACGUGAACCAAAAGCCCGCAAAGAACGAACGUGAUGCAGAAGACAAGGAAUAUGAGAUGCUUCUGGACACCUUGGCAGGCGGCAAGGAACAUGGAUAUGACGAGUUCGUUAAAGACCUGGAGUUGCCUGUUGUGGACGAGAAAGAAGAAGACGAUGACGCGGCGGAUGAUGAUGAGAGCGUGACCAGAGUGGGUGACAAACUUCUGGAAGUACUUCGCAAUGAGGUCACUGCUUUACUCAACAUGAAGUCAGCCAAAGUGUCUUCAGAGGUGAAGAAGAAUGGGCGUGCAGUGUGUCCCUUUUGUCCGAUGCGGUCUUGGAAUAAUAAUCGGCAGGAUCGUGUUCUUGAGCAUGUCAGACAGUAUCACUCAGAGAGAAAGCAAUUCGUGGCUAGUGGAACGAAACAACUCAAGAUCAUCAUUGCGCUCCACGACCACGAUCAAUGCCGGCGACAACCUCUAAGGCACUACCUGCGUCGCAGCGCUAGUCUACUUGCCGCAUCCUUGGACGAGACUAUCUCGACCAAGCACAUGCUUAUCGACAAAGAGAUAAGACUUGUUUUCACAGGCGACGGUCCCCAAUAUUGGUCUCUGGCAGCUGUGCAGCAGGGCGAGCUGCGCCGAGUACGUAAUUUGUACUACACCCGAUCAUUCGGUCAGCUGGUGUACGCGCUCCAUGCUCGACUUCUGGCCACCUUCCCCGGUGAGACUAACAGCCUCCUACCUCGGCAUGUCAAUCACUGGUGGCCAUUGGUCGAAGACAUUUUCAUGUCACCGCGCAUCACAAGCCUGGAGCAAGAGCUAAAAGCGGAACUAGUCCAUCAUGAAGAGUUCGAAGUAGUAAGUAUGGACGCAACGCUGCGCUGCUGUUUGCCCAUCAUGGGCCAGGCACACCCCAGGGCAUCCCGCGAAGAAAAAAUGCGAGCAGCUUUUCAUGGAGAAACAGCGCUGACUCGGGCCUUUUGGUUGCACCUAUGCCAAUUGUUUGUUUUGCUUGGAUUGUUUUUGUUGUAUAAGUCUGUAUAA